CUGUUUCUUUUGCCGAACUGCUAAGUUACGGGGGAUGUAAACACACCAACAUCGGUUGUCAAGUGAUGGUGGUGGGGGUCAAAAACAAACACAAAUACAUACAUAAGAUAUAUAUAUAUAUAUAUAUAUAUAUAUAUAUACAUGACGAGCUUCUUUCAGUUUCCGUCUACCAAAUCCAUUUACACAGCUUUGGUCGGCUCGAGGCUAUAGUAGAAGACACUUGGCCAAGGUGCCAAGCAGUGGGACUGAACCCAGAACCAUGUGGCUGGGAAGCUAGCUUCUUACCACACAGUCAUGCCUAUAUAGAUAUAAUCUCUGUCAUUUUCAGGUGGGUCAACUGCUUGGAUCCUGGUAUUAACUCAGGACCAUUUACCUAUGAGGAAGAUAAAUUAUUAUUGAAAUACGUCCAAGAGAAUGGAGCUGGUAACUGGGCUGCUGUCGCAGCUCACCUGCCGGGCCGUACCGAUCAGUUAUGUUCCACUCAAUAUUACCGACUCAAGAAAUGGCGAGAUCAAGCAAAUUUUGUAAAAAAGCAGUCUGAUGAAUCCAAGUCUUAUUUCAUGCCUAACUUUGAUGUCAGUAAAUAUGCGGAUCUUGUUGAGUCUGGAAAAUCUUUGGAUGAGUUGAUACCUCUAGCUCGCCCUUCUAAGUAUCAGAACACUUUCAACAAUAUUCUCCAGAAAUGGCAGCAAGAUAAUCUCAAAAGAGAUUUGGUGAAACAGGAACUCGAUUCCAGAAAAGGUGACCCCUAUGUACCCCGGCCUCCGUUGUUGCGGAAGUACUCUCCGAAUGUCACAAAAGUAUGGGAUACGAGGAACAAACUGCGUCAAAGAAUUGAAGAAUUUGUUCAAAGCCAACUUGUUGAAUCUGGCGAGAUAAAAUCCAGAGAAAAGACAGACAAAGCUUAUUCCCUUAUGCACUCUAAACUGGAUCAACUGAAGCCCAGUACUCGGGUAUCUGAGAUCCUUAGGGUGGCCCGUGGCUUUAGUCAGAAGCCAGAUAAAAAAGGUGACAAGAACUCAAAGCUUAUACUUGCUACUGUAGACCAAGAAAUCAAAGACUUGUUGUAUAUUCAUUGGCUAAAAGAGAAUUACGUAAACCGACUCCAACCGUUUGAAGGUGAGUGAUAGAUUUAAGUCUUUU